AUGGUCAAAAGACACCGAGCCUUUCGAGAUCUUGAGGAUGAGUACAAGCACAUACAGGAUCCUACGCUUCGCCGGCGCUUGAUCCUGCGCGACAUCAAUGAAAGACCAUUCGGUCGGGCUCAUAUUCGAGCCAUCCUUGUCGCUGGAACGGGCUUCCUAACCGACAGCUAUGAUAUCUUUGCGAUCAAUCUUGUGACGGAUAUGCUGGGGUAUUGCUAUUUCCCCAGGCAUGGCAACAAGAUACCCCAGGUCGACGACACUUUGAUUAAGGUUAUGACCUCGGUAGGCACUAUCGUGGGCCAGUUGUUCUUUGGCUGGCUUGCCGACAGAGUCGGGAGGAAACGCAUGUACGGUUAUGAGUUGCUCAUAAUCGGCCUGGCGACGCUGGGUCAGUGCAUCACUGGUCCUUCGUCGGCGAUAGGUAUGACCGGGCUACUGAUAUUCUGGCGCAUUUUGAUGGGCAUUGGCAUCGGCGGCGACUACCCUCUCGCCAACAUCAUCACAUCCGAGUUUGCCUCAACCAAAUGGAGAGGAACCAUGGUGGCAGCGGUCUUUUCGACCCAGGCCCUUGGACAAUUCCUGGCCAGCUUGGUGUCUUUGAUUGUUAUCGAAGCUUUCAGGAGCCAGACAAACAAUGACGUGGUUGUCUGCCACGACGGGAGGUGUGAACCGAAUGAUGCUGCGCAGCUCGCAGUGGACCGCAUGUGGAGAAUCAUUAUUGGUGCUGGCGCUGUUCCAGCGGCCCUCGCAUUGUACUGUCGGCUCACCAUUCCUGAGACACCGCGCUACACGUUUGAUGUGAACCGCGAUGUCGAACAAGGCUUUGCCGACUACAAAGGGUGGGUGCAAAACACCAUUGGACCGAGGACCGGACAAGGUAGAGUCGAGGCGGACAGAGCAGAAGUUCAAGCUCUGCUGAAUCCGGAGGAGACUUCGGGAGGCAUCAAUGCAGAUGUCGUCCCCCAAUCCUCGUGGCAAGAUUUCAAGCGAUACUUCCGUCAAGGCUCCAAUGGCUGGAUACUUUUUGGGAAUUGCGGAUCGUGGUUCUUCCUCGAUGUUGCCUACUACGCGCUGGCCUUGAACAACACCAUCUUCCUGCAGAAGAUGGGAUUUGGCAAGGUGAACAACAGCGAUCCCACAAGGCUGUACACCAUCCUACGGAAUGGUGCAGUCGGGAACUUGGUGUUGGUAGUCGCUGGUGCCAUCCCAGGUUCGAUUUGCGCCAUAUUGUUGGUCGACAGGAUCGGCCGUAAAUCAAUCCAAGUGGGCGGAUUCACCAUGAUUACAAUGCUGCUCUUGAUACUUGGCAGCUGUUUCGAGGGCAUGUCAGAUACAUCCCGGGUGGCGCUGUUUGUUUUGAUCCUGUUCUUCGUCAACUGCGGUCCAAAUUCCACGACAUUUAUCGUCCCGGGAGAGUGUUUUCCCACCAGGUACAGAAGCACCUGUCACGGCCUGGCAGCGGCAUCCGGCAAGCUUGGGGCGGUUCUCGCUCAGGCGCUGACAGGUCCCUUGCGGGGUAUCGGCUUUGAGAAGGGCGAGACUGACGCUUCACCGUGGCUUCCACAUGUGAUCCAAAUUCUAGGGGCGUUCGCUUUCUUGGGGUGGUUGUGUUCCUUCCUCAUUCCGGAGACUAUGAACCAAUCACUUGAGAAGUUGGCCGGCGAAGAGGCUUGCCCUGGUGAAGACUCGGGAGAGGACGACGACGAUCAGCCCGCUUCCUUCCUGACAACACUAUGGGUCUCUUGUACACCCGUGGUGCUUUGGAAAUGGCUCUUCUGCCAGCAACGCCUGCCCUCGUCGCGAGAUGCCGGUCUCAGCAAUGGUGACGAAGGAAACCAAGACAGGCGAAUCUCGUUGUCGCGAAUGUAA